AUGAAAUCUUUUACUAUUUUCUUUGUUCUAUUAUCAACUUAUUGUUAUUGCGAACCAUUGCUUGGUGGUUGGAAGACAUCCGAUGAUGAAUCUCGUAAACAAGAAUGGUUAAAACAAGCUCUUGUCGAAAUUUAUGGCAAUGAAGUUCUUGAUCAAGUUCAAUCAAAUGUAUCUGAUCUUGUUUGUAAAACACAACUAGUGAAUGGUCUUAAUAUUAAAUGUACUUUUGUUUUAAAUGGAGAAAAAUGGAAAUGUUCAUAUUAUCAAUCAUUUAUUGGAACAUUUGAUACUAAAGUUGAAAACUGUGACUCAAUAAAAGAGAAACAUGCACAAGAAGAAAAUAAAAAUGAACUAUUGCCAGAAGAACAUGACGAUGAACAGGAUGUUGAAGAACUCGACAUAUUGAAUGAUGAUGAAAAGCCAACAACAUUGAAUGACGAUGAAAACGAGGAAAAACCAGCAGCAUUAAAUGAAGGUGAAGAAGAUGAUGAAGCUAAAGUUGAUGCGAUGUAUAAAAAUUUCUCCGAAAAUAAUGCAAAUAAUCAAGACGAAGAAAAUGAUGAAGAACAAGAAGAAGAAGACGAACAGUCAUGA